AUGGAGACAAAUGCAAAUCAGAAGGUGUCCUGUAUGGUGAAUUUCGCAUAUGACGCAUCAGAGCCUGACGAGCUAACGAUUAGGCAAGGUGAUGUGAUACGAGAUGUGGAAAGGUUGCCGGGCGGAUGGUGGCGAGGGGAACUCCGUGGACGACGGGGCAUGUUUCCUGAUAAUUUCGUAUCGGUGCUUGAACAUGCAAAUUCCAGAUCGUCUGGCGUCCAGGGCCGAUGCCGAGCUGUGUUCAGCUACCAGCCAGCCAACCCGGACGAGCUGCCGCUCUGCGUCGGUGACGUCCUCGAAGUACUUGGAGAGGUUGAAGAGGGUUGGUGGCAAGGCCGCCGACAAGGGCGCGUUGGUGUGUUCCCCUCCAACUUCGUCGUGAUGUUAGAACCGCCGCAGGCAGCACCCCCAUACGAGCCUGCGCCAGCGCUCCCACCGAAACCUGUGAAGGAGUACUGCCGAGUGCUGUUCCCCUACGCAGCGGUAAACGAGGAUGAGCUGACAUUGGCCGAAGGUGACAUCGUGACGAUAGUGUCUAAGGACGCUCCUGACCGCGGCUGGUGGCGCGGGGAACUCCACGGCAAAGUGGGACUAUUUCCUGAUAAUUUCGUGCAUUUGCUACCACCGGUUGUACCUGAUGUUGAAGAAAAGAAGCCGGAUCGACCACCAUCGAAAACUACCAAUGCUAUCUACCCAGUCUUGAAUAAAUACUCUGAAAAAACUGCACCAGUAAAAGAACUCACCACAUCUAAAAUAAGCGUUCACAAAGAAAACGUUACAAAUAAGGAACCAAGUACACAGAGUAUAAUUACACACACAAACAAGAGCGAAUCGGAGAAACUAACACACAAUGAGGCAGUCAACGACGGCACUUUGGACCAAAUAAAGAAACCACCGGUGCCAUUGAAGAAAAGUCCCACACCAAACGCUGGCGUUGGCAGCAUUUUCAGCGGACUCAAAAACAAAAUGCUGCCUUCAAAUGAAAAAGAAAAGUCUUCGUCUAAUACGGUGUCGAGUAGUGGCAGCAGCAGCGGUGGCGAGUGGGACCGGCCCGACGGUGGCGCCCCCAGCAAGCCCGCCCCAGCGCCCGCCCCCACCACCAACACCAACACCUUCGACCACAUAGAGCGGAACUCUAUACUGAACGAUCCUAGAGCUGGCAGGGUUAAAGCGCCUCGGCGCCGGCCUCCCAGUCAAGUUUUCCGCGAAGACGUUCCUCUACAAGUAGGAUUGAGUAAUGGCCACGAUGGUGAAAAACCACCAGAGAAGGCAGAGCGGACCGAGAGGCCGCCCGAGCGGGCGGAGCGAGCCCUGGAGCGGACGCCCGAGCGGACAGAGCGGGCCGAGGAAAUCAAACCGCGCACUCGCGAGUGGGAGAAGCACAAAGCGCCUUGGAUGGAGGAGCUCAAACUAAACCAAGCCAAGAAGACCAGUUUCAUAGCGGACGGCAAGUCGCGCUCCUCCUCUGUCAACUCUGAGGCUGGGGUCGCGAGCAAAGCUGGAAGUGGUAGUACUGACAGAAUCCUAGAUUGCGGUCUGGAAGAUAAAAGAUCAUCUCAUUCUAUGGAAAUGUCAAAAAGUACUUCGUCUAUCAGCAAUCGGAUGUCUAUUUUGGAUAGCUUUGAAGAGAGCGUAGCGCGCCACUCGCUGGACGCGCGGAGAGACGCCACGGCCGCGCCGCGCGACCCGGAGCUGGUGCGGCCGGCGCAGUCCCCCACCGCCGCGGGUCGAACAAUAAUGUCGACACUUGAAGAAGUAAAGAAACCCCAGGCACCCCCACCACCCGUUUCUAGUCCCCCACCGAUGGCACCAGCCGCAUUUAGUGCCGCAGUGCCGGCCACGCUCAGCGCGACUGUACCGGCCACUUUUAGUGCGACUGUACCGACAGCUUUCAGUGCAACUGUACCGGCAACUUUUAGCUCAACCAUUGAAAAAUCACCCAACGCUAAAGUAGAAAAACCGAUCACAACACCUGACAAACCAUUGGAAAUUAAUUCAGUUAAAUUGUCAAGUAGUAUGUUUGAAAAGACGAGCACCAUUGAAAGAAUAGAAAAGUCUUUCGAGAAACAUUCCUCAUCGAAUUCUAUAGAGAAACCAAGCUCGGGGACCUUGGAGAGGCGAUUGCACGCUCUCAAAACUGAGAAGACGGACAACAAUGACGCGCUGAUCGCGCAGCUCAAUAGUAGAAUAUCGAACCUGGAGAAGCUGAUAGAAGUACAGAACUCCGUGUUCAACGCGACCAUCGAAGACUUGACGGCGAAGCUGAAGCAGGAGGCGGACAAGCGGCAGGCGCUGCAAGCCGAGGUGGAGCGCCUCGCGCAGUGCGUAGCGCACGUGUAG